GCUGCUCUGUUUUCCCCCGAAGGAAGGAAAGGCUGAACGCCCGCUGGUCGCUGGUGAAAGCCUGGCCCUCUCGCUCUCGCUCCCUCUCAGUCCCUCUCCUUUUUGGGCCUCUUCUUGCCCUCCUCCUCGGCCUCCCUUCCUUUCCCUCCCCUUCCCUUCCCUUCCCCUCUCCCUCAGUCCCUCUCCCUUUCUUCCCCAGAUAUCGGUCUUCGGCCCUAGUCGAUUUUAGCUCGCUUCGGGGCUAGUCUCACUGGCCGACCUUCGACUGCCUUCGCACUUGCUUCCUCCACCCUUCCCAGUGUCUAUUAUUAUUGGUUCCCUACAAAGUCCUUUCGGAUGCUGCAGCUCAACCGUCUACGGUACCCUCCGGUAUGCGAUCCCGCACAGGCUGCCUGACGUGUCGCACUCGUAAACUCAAAUGUAAGUCCACUACAACCUUGGCUUACGAUGCCCUCCGCUGCGAUGGCGCAGAAGGCUAAACAAAGUGACCGGGCUAGGUGACGAGCAAAAGCCGGAGUGUUCUCAGUGUCGCAAGGGUGGGAGAGAGUGCCGUCCCAGCGAGGGGAUCGUAUUC